GAUUCUUGACAGUACUGAUUAGAUACUUGCCAGAUAACUACCUACACCGCCUUAAAGAGAUACAAAUCUGAUGAAAUAAAAUAUUUUAAUAUAAAACAAAGGACAUUGAAUAAAUUAUAAAUUUUUUAGAAAAAUAAAAAGUUCUUGUGAAAAUAUAUUUAAAAAAAUUAAUACAUCAAUAAAAUGGGAUCGUUAGUCAAAAUAAUCGUACUUUGCUUUGUGCCACUCGUAGCCUGCCAAUACAACAGAAACUAUCAACAACCCCGUCAGCAAUUAGAAGCUCUUCCCGAACAUCAUGAAAUUUUGGAUAUUGAAACACCAGAGGUCUUCGCAUUCACAGCUUCUCCUCUGCAAAAGCCCGAGAGUCUACAGAGCCGGCCGUACUUUGAUUUCUUGAGUACACUCUAUCGUCAUGAUGAGGGUAAGAAAUCACUCUUUGUCAAUCCACCAAGAUAUAGGCGUGAGCCUGUUCAAGCACCCGUCCGUAGUUUUCGAAGUGGAUCGGGACAAUCUAGACAGAAGCGUGCAGUAGUUUUUCGUCCAUUGUUUGUCUACAGGCAGCAGGAGAUCAGAAAACAAAAGAUUCAGUCUCUUAACAAAGUGAGGCGUCAUUAAAUUUUCUUGGCUUAUAAUAAGGAAUAACUUUAUGGUCUUCCUUUAUUUUGGAUGAUCUUUAAAUUAAAGUAGAAUUUUAAUGGCUAUUAACAAAACAAAAAAAAACAGGAACAUAUUAUUGUUAAAAUUUUGUAUUUUUACUUUUUAAUAUAAUUAUUUUAUUGUUAUUGUUUUUUUAAAAAUUAUAUAUUCAUGACUUAAAUUAAAUAAGAAAUUAAUUAAAUUAUUAUAUAAUUAGAA